AUGAAGAGGGACAGCGCGGAGGUAAAAGAAGAGAGAAUUGACAGUGGUUUAAAGAGGCCGAAGAAGUUAGACGGGAAACCGUACACAAACUCAGAAAGAGAAUGGCAAGAUAUACAACUCCAGCGUGCCUCGGUACUAAAGGACAAACAGGACAACAAGGCGGAAGACUACGACCUAGUUUAUGAAAAUGCCGUUCAGUUUAUUCCUGAUGUAAGUGAAGAAAUGAAAGAACAAAUUGAAAUAGAUGAGCUAAUAGAGAAGGAGGAGGAAAGAAUUCAAAGUAUAGAGGAAACUAAGAAGUCGUUGCCUGUUUACAAGUUUAAACAGGAGUUAAUCGAUUCGAUUAAAGCUAAUCAAGUGCUGAUUAUGGUUGGUGAAACCGGUUCGGGUAAGACAACCCAGCUACCGCAAUAUCUCUUGGAAGCCGGGUAUGAGCAUGUAGGAUGUACACAACCACGUAGGGUUGCAGCAAUAUCGGUGGCGACGCGUGUGGCUGAUGAACAGGGCACCCCACUGGGUAAAAAAGUAGGAUACAGUGUCAGAUUUGAUGACAAAACUAGCAAGGAAACACAGAUCAAGUACAUGACUGACGGUAUGCUAGUAAGAGAAUUUUUGGGUGAUAAAAAUCUACUUGGAUACGAUGUUAUGAUCAUCGAUGAAGCGCAUGAACGUACGGUUUCAACGGAUAUUCUACUGGGGCUACUUAAGGAUGUCCUUGCUUGUAGGCCUGAGUUUAGGGUUAUCAUUGCCUCCGCAACUAUCAAUGCAACCAAGUUUUCUGAAUUUUUCAACAAGGCUCCUGUCUUCAAUGUUCCUGGCAGAAUGUAUCCAGUUGAGAUUUUCUAUACUGCACAAUCUGAAUCAAAUUAUGUAGCAGCUGCCAUUACUACUGUCUACCAAAUACACACAAGUCAGGGAAAGGGUGAUGUUUUGGUGUUUUUGACUGGUCAAGACGAAAUUGAAAAAGCAUGUGAGGCCUUACAGGAAACAAUGACUAAAUUAUCGCUGAAACUUAUUGUGUGUCCCAUAUACGCAGGCUUGCCCCCUGAGCAACAAAAGAGGAUAUUCGAUGCAACUCCAGAAGGAUAUCGAAAAAUAGUUGUUGCAACCAAUAUCGCCGAAACGUCACUUACCAUACCGGGAAUUACAUAUGUGGUUGACAGCGGCUAUGUUAAAGAGAGUUCCUUCAAAAAUGGUGUUUCUACUUUAGAAGUAGUUGCAUGUUCAAGGGCUAGUGCGGACCAGCGUGCAGGUAGAGCAGGUAGAGUUGCACCAGGUAAGUGUUUCAGACUAUACACAAAACUAUCCUACCUGGAGAUGCCGCUAAUGACUAAACCCGAAAUAUUACGUACAGAUAUUACACAAGUGUUGUUGCUGCUGUUAUCUAUGGGUAUUGGGGCUUCCAAGCUAAUCCAGUUCCCAUGGAUGGAUAAACCGAAGAAGGAAAGUGUAAGCUCGGGUUUCGAGAAGUUGUACACUGUCGGUGCCGUUGGUGCCAAUGGUGGCAUAACUGAGCGUGGAAUCAAACUAGCUGCUCUACCUGUGAAUGUUUUGAUUGGUAGGGCAUUAAUCGCUGCUACGGAACUGAACGUCUUGGAGAUUGUUUGUGCUGUUGCUGCAAUGAUGGAGGCAUCAGAAGGCGGCGGUGGCGGUGGUGGUAGCAACAUAUGCGAUAAGGAAAUUACACCCAAAUUCUCACAUAAGUACUUAGAUGGUAAAGGCGGCGAUGUGUUAAUGAUGCUGGCCGUGUGGGAUUCCUGGAUUGAAAGUGGUAAGUCUCCACAAUGGUGUCAUGAUUUCCAGGUGAAUAGGAAAACCAUGAAACGUGCUGGCGAGAUUUAUAAACAGCUCCAAAGGGUAACUAGGAGGGUCUUGCAGGACUGUUCUGAAAACCUCCAUGUUUCUACUAGAACAGAUCUGAUGCUUCUCAGGACCAUGAAAGCAUGGGCUGUUGGUUUCACGUCACAAAAGGGUGUCUUACAUGGCGAUCGGUAUUCGGUAGGCGGAAUCCAGGCACGCAUUGCCCGUGGCUCUGCAGUUGAAUCACCUCUCCCUGAGACUGUUAUCUAUUCUACACUUGUUGCCACGGGGGAGACAUGGAUUCGGGGGGUAAUGCCAGUUCCAAGAGAGUGGGUAAAGCUCUAA